GCCACUGGCUAAGCAUGAAGGAAGUAGUUCAGAAGCUUGCCGAGAGGGGACAUGAAGUGGUGGUGCUUAAACCAGAAGUAAGCUGGCAGAUGGGAGAGAGGGAAAAACAUGCAUACACUGUGAAAACAUACCCAGUGUCCACCAAGUUAGAAGAUCUGGAUAAUGCCUUUCAGCUCUAUCUUGCUACUCACCUGAAGAGUAUGCCUUUCCCAAUGGAUAUUCUAGCUCUGUACAACAUCUCAGUAGAUGUUUUUGGCACGUUCUUUCUUCAGUGCAGAGAACUAUUCAGCAGCACAGAAACACUGCAGUACUUGAAUCAAAGCGGCUUUGAUGCAGUCCUCACAGACCCUAUUUUGAUGUGUGGAGCAACAGUUGCCAAUUACCUUUCACUUCCAUUUGUGUUCUUCAUGAGAGGAUUUCCUUGCAAUCUACACUACAAAGCUACACAGUGCCCAAGCCCUCUGUCAUAUGUCCCUAGACUAUUUUCAUUCAAUUCAGACCACAUGACGUUCUUCCAGAGAGUAGAAAAUACACUGAUUUCAUUCUUGGAGCUCUUUUAUUGUAAUGGGUACUAUCAAGCUGCAAUACAGCUUUCCUCUGAAGUUCUUCAAAGAGAUGUAUCCCUGAUUGACCUCCUGAACUCUGCUUCUAUUUGGCUUAUGAGAUAUGACUUUGUGUUUGAGUAUCCCAGACCAGCGAUGCCCAAUAUGGUCUUCAUUGGAGGUAUAAACUGUGCUGAGAAGAAACCGCUGCCUAAGGUAUGUUCUUUUUCUCAGAUUGCACAUUUUCCAAAGCAAUGUAAUUUCAUAGCUAAUGGACACUUAGUGGAUUUGAUAUUAUUUUUCUAAUUUUUUUUUAAUAUU